CCAUCAACCACAAAAUAAUCAUUUAAUCGAUCCCUCAUAAACAACCGUUUGUUUAUUUGUCAGUGUCCAAACACAUUACUUCAUUUCAAAUUAAUAUCAAACAAUUAACGUUGAUCAAUUCAUCUACUAGCAAUUUGAAUUUUUCAGUCCAAAAUCUACUUAGUAUUGUUGUCACGACUACAUAGAUUUUCUGUUUGAUCGUCUUUCUUAUUUAAUAAUUAAGAAAAGUCACUUGCAACUACAUAAACCGAUUUGCCCCUGCACCGCAGAUCAUCUACUUUGAACUACAGAUAUUUACCUGUAUCUCGUUUUUGCUAUUACACGUAGAACUACUGUGUGGAGCACCGAAUACAAAACUAUAUCACUUCAAUAACGCGCGCAUAUUUAAAUCCCCUCUAUUGAAUUAUAAAAGGGAUUGAAAAAUAAAAAAAAAUAAGGAUUUUAUUUAAGUACCACUUUUUUUGGCCCCCACUUUUGUGUAAUUUGCACUAAUUUCACUUGCAGAUCUACGACCAUAACUCCGAUUCCGGUCAUUAAGUAUUUUUUUUUUUUUCCACAAGAAACAUUUAAUCAGAUAUUUUUUUUUUGCAUCUAAUUCAUCUAACAUGAGUUUACUUCACACACCUAUAUUCAACACCAAUCAUUUCAAACCUGGGCAUCUGAGAUCUCGUUCAUAUAAUGAGUUAUUAUCGCAAUUCAAGAGUGCCAUUUCUUCAACUUCAAAGAAUUCAUCUCCAUCUCCAUCAGUUUCUAGAAGCACAUAUGUGAAAAAGAGAUCGUACAGUGAUCUAAUCAGAGAGUCACCGGGGCUUACCGGGGUUGACGAAGAUUCUAAGCGUGCUCGUACAGCACCCCCUUCCCCACCCUAUGAUUCAUAUGCAUCGAGAAAGGCAUCAAUCUCAAAGUUACCAAGCACCCUUAAUUUCAAAAGUGGUGUCGUCGUGAGAUCCAGAUCCUUAUCUCCAGUCAAGAGAGCCAUUGGUCCUAUCUCCCCAACAUACUCGCCAAAUACGUCGCCAGUGACACCAAAAAUGACAUUGGAAAAGAGUCUGGUUGCUGAUACUGUCCUUCCAUCGGUUGACAGUGCUACAAUCUCUUCUUCUUCAUAUUCAACUUCAUCUUCCUCAACAAGCAAGAAGUCAGGCGUGACUCUCCCAAGCAUUUCCGCGGCUUUACAAUCAGCCCCAUUAACCCCAGUUUCAAACGUCAAACUCAACCCAAUCACUCCUACUGUUUCCUUGGAUUACUUUGAUACAUACAAGCCAAAUGAUGAGAAUUGGCGUUAUGAAUUAUUAGAUUCAAUCACUAAAACUUCAAAAAAUUUCAACUUGAACAGAUAUAAUUAUCUCAAUAGAUCACCAUCGACUCAGGCACAUACUUCGACAUACUCAUCGAAUCCAAACCACCACCUGCAUUCAUCAUCUAAGCCUGCGUUCAAUUCCAAGAUAAGUUCAAAAAUACUUCACAAUAGUAAAAUUGAAAAGCAACCAAGAUCGUAUAGCUCAAGAUCCCCUAAGGCAUACACGGAAAAGAAGAUUAACUUCCCAUAUGAAUCUAAUUACACAUACUUAAACAAAACCUACUUGACUGAUGUUGAGAAGUAUCCUGAAUAUUUGGAACUUGCACAAUCUCUUAUUCUGUUGUCUAGAUCAGCACAAUCACCUCCGCAACAGUAUCUGGCUUAUACUGCGGCACAGGCACCUUCUCCACAGGCUCACUCGUACACUAAUCAAUCACAAACACGUCAUCGGGAAACAUCAUCUCCGUCUUCUGUUUCACUUCCACAUAUGUCUCCAGUGUUACCUUCUCCUCCACAAAUUGCGACAAUGACGCAUAAUAGCCACCCGACUGUGUACCAAACAGCACCUAUCCAUAAUAUUCAACUUACACCUCAAACACCUUUCAAUCCAUUUUUGAACAUGGUGAAUGAAGUUUCUCCAACCACUCCAAAGAAGGAACUUAAAACCCCACUUACUCCACCUUCCAGUAAAUCCAAGUCUCGCACUGAAUUAUUGAAAUCGCCAACAAAGUCCUCUCUGCAACAUAAUGCUAGGGUAUGCAUCUCAUGUGGAUCUGAUCAAUCACCAUGCUGGAGACCUUCUUGGUCGAUAAAGGAAGGACAAUUGUGUAAUUCGUGUGGUCUUCGUUACAAGAAAACAUCUGCACGUUGUCUUAAUCAAGAAUGUAAGAAGAUUCCUGCUAAAGGAGAAUGGUCACUCAUGCAGAGUAAAGGUAAAAUGGUAUUUGACGAUGGAAAAGACGGUUACAGCUGUUUGGAUUGUAAUUGGAGGGUUGAAGUAAAGAAAUAGAAUGAAAGACGGAAGAUAAUAUUACAUAUAUAUGAACCUUGAUGGCAUUAUAAGUAGAAUUUAAUACAAAAAAACAAUAUGUUUA